AUCAGCGCAGCAGAAUUCAGACACAUAGCGUUAUCGCACCCAUCAGAUAACAGUGGUGUUCCUUAUGGGCUUGCAACGGGGCCAUUGCGCUUGGCUGUGCGCCUAGUGUGUUCGAGGCUGUUGUGCGGUCCGCAUUGCCAUUGCGGUCGCUACUGGACCUCUGAUGCCCUCGACGCUGCACCACUAAUCCUAAGAGUAACCUCGUUGACUGCAGCCGCUAGGGGCCGCUUAGGCUGGGGCUGUUGUAAGGGCCUGCGAACGGGUGGAUAGCCAUGCUGCCCUCUUCCCCCGCUGCUGCUGCCCCCUCCGCCCCCUCCCUCUGGGUGCCGCAGCACCACCGGGACAUCACACUGGGCCGACUGGACACCUACCUGGCCGCCAACCAGUUCUCCGAUGUCAACCUGCGGUCGCAGCUGUGGGCGGGGCGCAACUCGGAGUGCGUGAGCCUGGAGGUGUACAGCCACCCAAAGGACCAGCCGUACCCCAGCUACGAGCAGGCGAUACACAUGCCGUACCGCCCCACCCGUGUUGGCGAGCAGUUCGGCCCCUCCUGGACCACCCACUGGUUUCGAGUGCGGGUGGCGGUGCCGGCGGAGUGGGGGGGCAGGGGGCCGCUCAUGUUCAGGUGGGACAGCGGCUCCGAGGCCAUGUUGUACCGGGGCCCCACCCCGCGGCAGGGGCUGACUGACCAGCGCAACGAGUACGUGCUGGCGGAGGUGGCGGAGGGGGGGAAGGAGCUGUUGUUCUACGUGGAGAUGGCGGCUAACGGAAUGUUCGGUAACGGUACCGAUAUCCAACCACCCGAUGAGAACCGCUACUUCACCCUCAAAACGGCCGAGCUGGCGCUGCCGCACCUGCCCGCCACCGCCCUCUUCCACGACCUGCGCGCCCUAGCCGGUCUCGCACGGGAGCUGCCGGCGGGGGAUGCAACCGGGGAGGCGGCGCUGUACACCGCGAACAAGAUCCUGAACACCUACCGCCCCGACGACCCCGCCUCCCUCGACUCCUGCCGGGCCCUGGCUGCGGGGGUGCUAGGGGUGCGCGACCCGGGGCAGCGGCUGCAGGUGCACGCGGUGGGGCACUGCCACAUCGACACCGCCUGGCUGUGGCCCUUCUCCGAGACACGCCGCAAGACCGCCCGCAGCUGGAGCGCGCAGCUGAGGCUGACCGAGCGCUUCCCAUGGCACGUGUUCACGGCCUCGUCGGCCCAGCAGUACGAGUGGCUGCAGGCCGACUACCCGGGGCUGUUCGAGGAAGUACGGCAGGCGGCGGGGCGCGGGAGCUUCGUGCCGGUUGGGGGCUCCUGGGUGGAAAUGGACACCAACCUGCCGGGGGGGGAGUCGCUGGUACGGCAGUUCCUGUACGGCCAGCGCUACUUCGCUGCGCACUUCGGGGCGCUGUGCGAUGUGUUUUGGUUGCCCGACACGUUCGGGUACUGCGGACAGCUGCCUCAGAUCGCACGGGGGGCAGGUAUCCGCUACUUCCUGACUCAGAAGCUCAGCUGGAACAACAUCAACACCUUCCCGCACUCCACCUUUCUGUGGGAGGGGCUGGACGGCUCGCAGCUGCUCACACAUUUCCCGCCCGCAAACACAUACAAUGCGCAGGCUGACGCCCACGACCUGCUCCUCACUGCCUCAGCCUCCAAGGACAAGGACCGCGCCCCCGCCGCCUACAUGUUGUACGGCAACGGAGACGGCGGCGGCGGCCCCACCCCCGACAUGUGCGAGAGCCUGGCGCGGCUUGCGGGGUGCCGGGGGGUGGCGAGUGCGGGGGUGGUGGCGCCCGGGGAGUUCUUCAGGCGGCUGGAGGCGGGGGCGCGGGACCUGCUGACGUGGCGCGGUGAGUUGUAUUUCGAGCUGCACCGCGGUACCUACACCAGCCACGCGGCCAACAAGGCGGACAACCGGGGCUGCGAGGUGCUACUGCGGGAGGCGGAGGCGGCGGGGGCGGCGGCGGCAGCGGCGCUGGGGGAGGGCGGGGAGGGGGGGUACACCUACCCCAGAUCCGAGCUAGACGCCAUUUGGAAGGACGUGCUGCUGUUCCAGUUCCACGAUGUGCUGCCGGGGAGUGCCAUCGAGAGGGUGUACCAAGUCACGGCGCAGAGGUACCCCCAGAUGCUGCAGUCCCUAACUCGCAUCAGGGACGAGGCGCUCGCAGCGCUCAUUGCUGCUGCCCCCCCACCACCGCCACCACCCCCACCGCCACAUUCCUCCUCCACCUCCGCCACCUCCACCGCCACCGCCACCGCCUCGGCUAUCUCCACCGCCCCCACCACCCACCUACCAUCCCAAGGCCACACCCGCAGCUACCCGAGCAACCCCCUCAGCCUGGGUAUUGCGGAUGUGGCCGGAGCUAGGUUGCUAGUGGUGGAUAGCGCGGCAUCAACGCCGACUGCAGCAGCAGCAGCAGCAGCAGCAGCGCCGGGCAACAGAUUGUCUUCCGUACAGCCAGCACCUACCAGUACGGCAGCAGCCGCAGGUACGGCAGCAGCAGGUACGGCAGCAGCUACGGCACCCGUUGCCUGGGUGUUUAACAGCCUUUCCUUCCCGCGGCUGGAGGUGAUGGAGGUUCCCGCAGAGCUGCUGCUGCUUCGUACGGCAGGAGGAGGGGGAGGAGGAGGUGCAAAUGUACGGCAGAGGACCUCUGACGGUACGGCAGCGCUGGUGGUGGUGAAGGCGCCGCCUCUGAGCCUCACGCCGGUGUGGGCGGAGGAGGUGGAGGCGGGGGCGACUGCGGCGGCGGCGGAGGAGCUUGCUGCUGGGCUUGGGGCCGCCGGCUCCUGCUCUGAUGCUCAUGGUGCUGCUGCUGCUGCUGCGGAGGUGGAGGUGGAGGGGGGCCUACGUCGGCUGAAUCUGCAAGCUGCAGCGGCAGCGCCGGAAAAGAAGGCGGCAUCAUCGCCCCAUGGGCGCAAGGAUGACCCAUGGGUCGCUGGCGGCGGCGGCGGCGCUACCUGCUAUCGCACCACCCGCGCCGCACUGUCGCGGGGUGGUGCGGGUGGCGCCGCACAGCACCCAGGGGGCAGUGCGGGUGCGGGAGAGGGUUUUGUGUACGUCAUGCAAAACAACAUGGUGCGUGCUGUGUUCGACGAGGGCGGGCGGCUGGUGAGUCUGUACGACCUGGGUUGGCAGCGGGAGCUGGUGCCGGAGGGGCAGCCGGGGAACGUGUUCAGGAUGUACGAGGAUAUACCGCUGUUCUGGGACGCAUGGGACAUUGAGAUCUACCACCUGGAGAAGGGCCGACCCGCGGGUCACGGCAUGCCGCCGCCACAGCUCUCCAUCCAGGAGAGCGGCCCGCUGCGCUGCUCGCUGCUGCUGGAGCUGCCCCUCAGCCCCACCUCGCGCCUCAGACAGACGGUCAGCAUGACAGCGGUCAGCAGGAGACUCGACUUCCACGCCCACAUCUUCUGGCAGGAGAGCCGCACCGCCCUCAAGGUGGAGUUCCCGCUGCUGCUGGCGGCCAGCGAGGCCACCUACGAGGUGCAGUACGGCGCGGUACGGCGGCCCACCCACACGAACACCUCCUGGGACUGGGCGAGGUUCGAGGUGGUGGCGCACAAGUGGGCUGACCUGGGAGAGCCGGGUUACGGUGUGGCGUUGUUGAAUGACUGCAAGUACGGACACGCCACCCACGGCAACGUCAUGCGGCUCACGCUGCUAAGGUCCCCCAAGGCCCCCGAUGCACACACCGACCUGGGUGAGCACCGCAUGCGCUUCGCCCUGCUGCCGCAUGCAGCAGACUGGGGGGCGGCGGGGGUGGCGGCGCACGGCUGGGCCUUCAACGCACCGCUGAGGCUGGUGGCGGCGGGGCAGCAGCCCUCGCAGCGGCAGCAGCAGGCCCAACAGCGGCGGCAGGCGGCGGCGGCGUUGCGCGGGUACAACCCCUCCCAACCGAUGUUUACGGUCACCCCCGCCCGCCCCAGCCCCCUGCACUCCGGCCUCUCCCCCGCCGCCUCUUCCGGCCUGUCCGCACCGCCCCUCAUCCUGGACACCCUCAAGCUGCCCGAGCCGCCCCUGGAGCAGCUCCACCGCCACCCAGGGGGGCCGGUAGGGCAGGAGCAGGGUACGACAGCAGGGGUACGACACACGCUGUCCAUGCAGCCCCCCCAGCCGCAGCGGCCCCAGGCGCUCAUCGUCCGGCUGUACGAGCCCCACGGCGCCCGGGGUGUAGCCCGGCUGCGGUGGGCUGGCUGGCUGCGGGUGUCGCAUGUGACCCGCUGCGACCUGCUGGAGCGGGACACGCAGGAGGUGGAGGGAAGGGAGGGGAGGGGGGUGGCCGGCUUGGUGGGUGGUGGUGGUGCGGAGGGUGCAGGAGCAGGAGUACCAGGUGGCAGUGGUGGUGGCAGCAGCAGCAGCCGGGGUGAUGCGGGCGGGUCGGUGGAUGUGUCGUACGAGCCCUUCCAGAUCAUCACACUGAAGCUCUACCUGCAGCAGGACUGAUGGUGACGUGCGUGUGGGGAGGGAGGGCGACAGGGAGGGAGGGGGUGCUACGGAGGGGAGAGGGAGAAAGACGGGAGGGGCUAUACCUCGUGGAGUGUGAAAUGCAGGAGCGUCAGCAGCGGGAUGCGUAAAGGCCUCCCGGCCCCUCAAGAGGGCCCCAGCUUGGAAAGGGAAUGCGGGGGAACCGGAGGGAUGUGGGUUGCAGGCUAUGCAGGGGUGGGCGUAUGCUGGUAUGGUGCAUGUGCGCCACUAUUGGUCGGCGAAGGAAGAAAGCUGGUAUGGAUCGUAGGACGUUGUUAACCAAUUGUUUCGGAUUCGCGGUUGUCUACUAUCGUUGUGGUCUGGAAAGCGAUGAACGACCCAUGGGUCUGUUGCAGGUUGGAAUAAAAGCGCCUGAUGAUGAUUGGAGCUGCUGGUCCUCGGGAUGUUGUCGUACCCUGUACUUACCGGUAGACGCCAAGGCACAGCAUGUAUGGGGCAUCUCGAAGACUCACGGACGCUCUAUGAGCAUGUUGGGGUGCCGGGUAGCUCACGAUUUUAGGGAAGGGGCGGGAACUGCGUGCCUGCUGCGAAGGGCUAAUCCCUACGGGCUGCCUGAUUCGGAUUGGGCGUCACUGUUAGUGGUGAUUGAGGCGUUUUGGUAAAGUGGUUCCAAGGGACGCUAAAAUGUAACGAGCAUGCCUCGUUUAUGCGUAAUUCCUUAUCAAUAAUCUCCUCCUCCGUUGCGUCGUUUCCGCUACGUUCUACUAGAGUUUUGAACUACUUGUCGUACAACUCACCUUCACCUCGGCUUAUACGCCUAAUAACGGUCUUCUUCAUAUGAACCUUGUGGAUUAGGACUUAACAGGAAAGGGUUCGCAAGCCUAAGGAGGAGUACUUUGUGGGGAAGCCUGGUACUUUUGAAGUUGUGUCCCGGUUUAACGUACAAUUGAACUGCGGCGGCUUUAUGUCACGAGGCCCAGCGAGGCUGCUGAUUUAGCUGAGUAAUAGUACUAUUUCAUGCACCACAUGUCAUGCAUAGAAGGCGCACGGAGGGUACCCUCCCCUCCUGAGCAAGGAGGGGAGGGAGGAAAGCAUCUUAUAUCUUGCAAGUAUCCCAGGAGUAUCCAGCGGCUAUGUAAUUGCAAAAUGACCUA